GCUUCGCGGUCAGGUGACGCGCCGCUCGCACUCGCAUUGCGUCCUUCGUGGAGUCCACACGGAAAACACACAGGAACAUUUAUCUGUACACGGAAUUUCAUACAGUCGGUGUUUAUCGGAGUCGCGGCGCAUUGGUGGCAGGAUGGGCUGUAAAGCGCUUUUUAUUCUGCUGAUGUUCGCGACGUCGACGCUCGCGGUCGAGGUGCCGUCGGACACAGGUACGGGACUGCUGGCGGAGCCGCAGGUGGCCAUGUUCUGCGGAAAACUCAACAUGCACAUCAACGUUCAGACCGGAAAAUGGGAAUCUGAUCCGUCCGGAACCAAGAGCUGCCUCGGAACAAAAGAGGGAAUUUUGCAGUACUGCCAAGAGGUGUAUCCCGAGCUGCAGAUCACUAACGUUGUGGAGGCCAAUCAACCGGUGAGCAUCGGGGACUGGUGCAGGAGAGGUCGCAAGCAGUGUGGCAGUCACAUGCACAUCGUUGUGCCGUACCGCUGCCUGGUCGGGGAGUUCGUGAGCGACGCCCUAUUGGUUCCCGACAAGUGUAAGUUCUUACAUCAGGAGCGUAUGGACAUGUGUGAGAGUCACCUGCACUGGCACACCGUCGCCAAAGAGUCUUGCGGUGACCGUAGCAUGAAUCUCCAUGACUACGGGAUGCUGUUGCCAUGCGGUAUCGACCGUUUCCGUGGCGUCGAGUUCGUUUGCUGCCCUGCUGAGACGGAGAAGGAGUCGGACAGCACUGCUGUUGAGGAAGUUGACUCAGAUGUGUGGUGGGGGGGCGCUGAGGCCGACUAUACUGAGAACAGCAUGACUGCAGACGCUGAGCCUGCUGCGGCAGAGGAGGAUGACGAUGAAGAUGCCGACGAAGAGCAGGAUGUUCCCGACAAUGACCCGGAUGGAGAUGGAGAUGAAGAUGAGGACGACGAGGUCAUCGAUGAACGCAUCGACAACGGGCAGAGCACCAACGCUGCCAUGACGACCACCACAACCACCACCACAGAGUCAGUGGAGGAGGUGGUCAGAGAAGUGUGUUUGGCGAGCGCAGAGACGGGCCCUUGCAGGGCGAUGUUGUCCCGCUGGUAUUUUGUCCGUGAGGAGGGCCGCUGCGUGCCCUUCAUCUAUGGAGGCUGUGGAGGAAACCGCAAUAACUUUGAGUCUGAGGAGUAUUGUAUGUCUGUCUGCGGCGGCGUGUUGCCCACCCCCUCCUCCAGUCCUCCGGAUGCUGUGGACCGAUACCUGGAGACCCCUGCGGAUGAGAACGAACACUCGCAUUUCCUCAAGGCCAAAGAGAGUUUGGAGGGCAGACAUCGCGAGCGCAUGUCUCAGGUGAUGAGAGAAUGGGAAGAAGCGGAGAGGCAGGCCAAGAGUCUACCACGCAAUGACAAGAAGGCCGUGAUCCAGCACUUUCAGGAGAAGGUGGAGGCAUUGGAGCAGGAGGCGGCUAGUGAGCGACAGCAGUUAGUGGAGACUCACAUGGCUCGUGUGGAGGCUCUACUGAAUGACCGACGCCGGCUGGCUCUGGAGAGCUAUCUCACCGCCCUGCAGGCCAAUCCACCCAGGCCGCGGCACGUGUUCAGUCUGCUGAAGAAAUACGUGCGGGCCGAGCAGAAGGACAGACAGCACACGCUCAAACACUUCGAGCACGUGCGCAUGGUCGACCCCAAGAAGGCGGCUCAGAUUCGCCCGCAGGUGUUGACCCAUCUGCGUGUCAUCGAGGAGAGAAUGAAUCAGUCUCUUGGGCUGCUGUACAAAGUGCCAGGAGUCGCCGAAGAAAUUCAGGACGAAGUCGAUGUCCUGCAGCGAGAACAGAAGGAGAUGUUCGCUCAGCUGGCCAAUCUGCAGAGCGACGUGAGGGUGAGUUACGGGAACGACGCUCUGAUGCCCGACAGCACCGCCGGUCUGGACCUGCUGCCCGACACUCAGGGAUUUGGCUUCAUUCACCCCGAGAGCUUCAACCAGCCUAACACGCAGAACGAGGUUGAGCCUGUAGAUGCUCGUCCUGUUCCUGAUAGAGGCCUUCCAACCCGACCAGUGUCUGGACUGAAGUCUGAAGAUGUUCCCGAGUUGCGGAUGGAGGCAGAAGAGAGACACAGUGAAGUUUACCACCAGAAACUGGUUUUCCUUGCAGAGGACGUGAGCUUUAAUAAAGGAGCUAUUAUUGGCCUGAUGGUCGGAGGUGUUGUCAUAGCAACCAUCAUCGUCAUCACUCUAGUGAUGUUGAGGAAGAAGCAGUACACGUCCAUCCACCAUGGCAUCAUCGAGGUGGAUGCUGCUGUGACUCCAGAGGAGCGUCACCUGUCAAAGAUGCAGCAGAACGGCUAUGAGAACCCCACCUACAAGUUCUUUGAGCAGAAUCAGAACUGAUGGAGUAACCUCCAUCCUCCCCAUCCCUUCACCCCCCUCCUCUCUGGACAGUGCAGACCACAUCUGUGUCUUACCUUGUUCUUGCUUGUCGAACAAAUGCUCCUCCCAUUGAUUGGAAAGGUGUGAUACCUAAUCAUAUUAAUGCUAUAAUGGUCAAAUUCAAUUCGGAUUAAUGUCAAAAGCUCAAUCGAUUUUUCGCCUCAUGAAAUGUUCGGAAGUUGAAUGUAAAUUGUACAGUAAUAUAUAUCCAGACGUUAGCGGUGUGUUUUCUGCACUGUCCUUCCUCACACUACUAAAUGAGUAAAACACUGGGACAUGUGAGGGGUGACGCCCCCUCCUCUUCCUCUCUCUUCAUCACACACUGACUGCAGCUGUGCUGUGUUCGGUCACAAAAAAUCUAGUGGUAAAAUCGAUCUUUAUGAAUGAGAUCUUGAUCAUUAUUUGAUUGUUUCUGGUUUGUUUUUCACAAAAAAAAGAAAUGGAAAAAUCAUUGAAAAAACAAAGAAACUUGCCAAAAAAGGGAGAUUUUUUUUUUAGUUCCGUCGAUAUUGAAGUAAAGCAAAAAAAGUUAAAAGAAUACUUGUUACUAUGUAGUGCAUGAUAGAAAAAAUGAUUCUGCUAUUUGGAUCUUGAUCUUUUCUCAUGUAGAGACACUAGCAGUUAGUAACUUGUGAAUACGUGACUUGAGUUGCACAAAAAAAAAAAAUUUAGACUGAAUUGGCAUUCUGCUUUAAACACGAUUAAAGAGAUUCAUGCUUUUGUUUCUAUAUCUUGUUCUUUUUUUAUUAUGGCCUGCUGUGAGCGGCUGGCUGAAGCUGUCGAUGUACAUUAUUAUCUUGAGUUUAGAUGUUUCCGUUCUAUGCAUUACAGAGAUUUAUUUACUUCUCUGACAGCUAUUUAAGUUGGAUUUUCCAUUUGACACGUGGUUGUAUGUGUUUUUUAAGCGGGUUUUUGGGGUCAGGGCAGGCGGGUUCGAAGUGGGUUAUUCUGUGUGUGUCCUCACCGGUCGGUUUUAUCUUUUUGUGUUACUGUGUGUCGACAGAUGUAGAUGUCUUUCUCCUCUUUGUCUCACGUUUGUCUCUUGUUAUACAGCAGCAUCACUGAAGCUCAUUUGCUCUCGCUGUCUCUCUGUUUUUCUCAUGUUUGGUGCAGGGCAAAAUGAUCACUGUUGUAAUGAAGAAAAAAAUCUCACAUUCUUAUUAACAGAAAAAAUCAUUUGUAUAGAACAAUUGUUGGUAUGAAUCAGAAAGGCUGAAUUUGAAUUAUGCUGAUUUCGAUUUAGAAAAAUGUCCAGACGGAAGAGAAAUGAGAAUGUAUCGAGAUAUCUUUUCAUAACAAUGAGGGAGUUAUUUUCAUGCAAAAUAUUCUAAAAUAAUUGUUGAUAUCACUUUUUUCCUCAAUGAAAUAUUAGAUUUUAAGAUCAAGCAUCAUUUUUGUGCCCUGUAGUCACUCACUCGUGUCAUCACACAAAUCAUGUCGUUGUUUCAGUCAGUUUUAGAAAACCGCUCAUCUCCGUACAUAGUGAUUGCCAGAUCAUAGCUAUGACAGAUUGCCAUUAUUCUGUGUGAAACUGCAUGCGGUUUAUGAUCUGGCAACCGGUGUGAAAGGAAUUUGAUUUAAGUCCAACUGUUGGAAAGAUUCACAUCAAUAACCAACCGGUCUAAUGAAUGUCAAUGAAUCGUUUACAGAAUCAACUCAACAGACUUUUUAAACCUCACCCAUCAGAUGUUUUCAAGAUGUUUUCAAGAUGAGUAAAUUAUUGUCCAUUGAAUUUCUCUUGACUUUUAGUGAGGCGUCCGGGUUUCUGUGGAUUGAUUUGAUCUGAAGUGGUAUAUGAUGAUUGAACUCGAAAAGCAAUGGGCUUUUUUGUUUAUGUGGCAUUUUUCUGAAUUCUAUAUCAAUUUCUUUGACUGGAAAAACAACUGCGCUUUCUACACUGUAUUCCAUAAAUAAAGUUUUGAAUGUACAUACAGA